AUGGCAGCUUUAGGAGAAGAUGGUGACUUUGCAGGAAAGCUUAGGCUUCCUCUCCCAGACAACUUUUCCGGUCAGCCUGCAGACUGGGAAGAAUGGUCAUGGAACUUUAAAGCGUACAUUUCGAUGUUCGAAGCAGGCGCAGUGACUUUGCUCGACAAUGCCGAAGCUUUGACAACCGAGUUCACAGAUGCACACCUUGAAGUAACUUUGGACACAGGUGAUGUGGAUGUUGAUGCAACGCGUAGUCACUUUGCUAGCAAGUGUCCGCUGAACAGAGUGAAUGCUGUUGAGGGAGAAGAGAGUGAACUUUACGGUCUCCAGGAAGAAGAGUCUUACUUUGGUGAGGCCCCUUGGGACGACUGGUCUGAGUGGACAGUCGGAGCACUUUUCGAUGAGAGUUGGGAGUCAUGGGAUGACUCACUUUGGGAUUCCUCGUGGGAUUCCUGGGACUGGUAUUCGUAUCAGGACUUUGCAGGUUGGAAUGAGUGGUGGCCUGAAGCCACCUCCUCAAAGGAGACUUUGUCACCGCAACAGCCUCAGAAGCCUAAGGAAGAGUCAACUUUGCAGCAUGGAGCUCAGCAGGCUCCAGUUUCAGCUGUCACUGUGACAGCCCCUCCAGGACUUUCCAAGGCAGCGCCCAAACCUAAGGCCAAGAGCUCACUUUCCCCGAGCUCUUUCUUGAUGUCGGCACUCGUGCUUGGCAACUUUGGUGUUGGUCAGUCGUUUGGUUUUGAAGGCAUGUUGACUGGUGAUGUUGACUUUUCGUAUGGCGAGAAGCGUGCGACCUUUUCGUCGGUUGGCAUGGCGCCGUUGGAAACCUUUUCGCUGAAUCGAAACGACUCGGUGCCUCAGAAACUUUUCAGUGUGUACGAUCUUGGAGUGUCGAACCUGAACACGACAUUCCGGGAUCAUGCUUUGGAGGAACAUUUGGUUGCAGCCACCUUUGACGAGAAUGAGCCCUGGAUACUUUUUGAUUCAGGAGCAGCGACCCAUUGCUGUCCUCAGGACUUUGCUUCGGAGUGGAUGAGUUUGUUGAAGUUUGCAACCUUCUUCACGACUCCAAUGAACAAGGACCAUUCCGCAGAGGACACUUUCCGUCUGCGUUUGGCGCAGGCCGCUUCGGGCACUUUGCCUGACUUCCAGAAGGCCCUGGUGGAACAGCUUUCGGAGAAGGACCCUGCAACUGGAGAAGCCUUCACGCACGACCGUUGGCUGAACUUUCAGUUGUUUUGGGCUCGUGUUCACUACGUGUCUCGGAACACCUUGUAUGUGCCAGAAGACCCGCACUUUGAAGAAGAGUUGGGCAAUGCGCGCAUGACUUUGAUCAUGCGUCCUGAUGCAGAGCCAACGUGGCACUUUGACUUGUGGCGCAAAUACGGCACGCAGGAAGUGACGCAAGACUUUGUUGGCGCUACUUGUUUUGAGAAGUUGCCACUUGAAGCCUUUGAAGCAGAGCCAGCUCAGCCAGAGUACUUGGCUCAGAGGCCGAAGGGCUUGAAGCAGCCCGGCGAGCCAACUUUAACAGAAAGGCUGGAGCAUGAGCUCACUCACUUGCCGUUCAAGCCGUGGUGUGAAAUUUGUUUGAAAGCUAAGAGCAGGCAGGCUCACAGUAAGAAACUUUCGUUGAGACAGCCCGUCCUGCAGAUGGACUUUAGCUUUCUUUCAGAUAAGCCUGGUGAGGAACAGGUCACCAUACUUAACGUUGUCGAUGUUCUCUCGAACAUGGCACUUUCAGUGGUGAUUCCCACAAAGGCUCGCACACCGUACUCCCAUGCAGAGUUGAGACGCUUUGUUCUAGAAACCGGACGUACUUUCGGAAUCUUGCAAUGCGACCCAGAGCCAGCGUUGAAAGCCAUCGCGGAAGCUGUAACAGGCGAAGUCGGUGGACUUUCCUUGCGGAGUACCCCGACAGGCUGGAAGCAAGCUCAGGGUUCCGUUGGAAACAUGCAAGCAACUUUGUAUGGACAGAUCAAGGCUUUGCGGCUUGAGCUUUUGCAGCGUUACCAAGUUGAUCUGUCGGUUCACUCAGCGCUUUUCACUUGGCUUGUGCGCCACGCGCAGUGGCUUGUCAACCGUUACCUUUGCAACGCUGCUGGCACUACUGCUUUUGAGAGACGCUGGGGAAAGCGGUACAACGGCUUCAUAUGCCGCUUUGGAGAGACCGUACUUUUCCGAAAACAGCGUGUCAACAAAGGCAAGCCGGCUUUUGAGCGUGGCGUUUGGCUUGGAAAAGACACAGAGUCGGAGCAACACUUUGUCGCUGACUCUCGCGGGGUUUACAAGACGCGUUCCUUGAAACGCCUCCCCCCCACCCAGCAGUCAGACGUGGCACUUUUGCAGUCGGUUACCGCGCGUCCUUGGGACCCGACCGGUGCAAAGGUGGAAACGGACUCCUUCAUCUUUCCGAUGCAGCAGUCCGAGGAGGCGACAAACCUAGCUUUGCCACCGUCUGGGCAACUUUCUGGUCCUCCUGAAAAAGGCAAUGACGUGCCAAACUAUGAACUUUCAGACCCAGAGUUGGAAGAAGCUUUGGGCUUAGAUGGCACAGAGCCUGUUCCGGCUCGUGACGAUCUUUCGGACCUUCCGGAAGAUUACUUUUCUGAUGUAGAGCAAGAACCGCCCUUGCCUCCGCCUGAGUUUGAGCCUCCACGCUUGACUUUGGAUGAGCAAACUGCAAAUGCAGCGCAAGCAAGGUCGAGUACAGACGCAGCUUUGCCUCAGCCCCCUGGUUCGAGGCCGCGACUUUCUGACGAGUCGCCCGCGUCACCGACCAAGCGUAGCACAGAGACUUUUGACGUUGGAACGACUAAGGUGCAGAGGAUCAACGCGGUGACUUUCUACAGCGGUAGGAAGCGCAUACCCAAGCCACUUUGUUACCUUCGUGUUGCUGCAGUCACAACCAAGAACGACCUUGAAGUUCCUGUAGCAAUAAACCAGGAUGAAAAAGAACUUUUGCUGAUGAAGACCCUGGAAAACCCGUACUUGUGGUAUGAAACCGAGUUUCCGCUCGUUGAAGAAGUAGAAGGGAUGAAAAAGGAGAUGAAGUCUAUGACGACUUUCGAUGUUUUCGAAGAAGUUCACUACAAGGACAUUCCCCAAGCACGUUUAGACAAGGUCAUUUCGACGCGGUGGGUUAAGGUCCGCAAGUCCGACGGCACUGUGCGCUGUCGACUUGUAGUUCGAGGCUACACGCAAGAAGUCAAUGACAAGGAUGAGACUUUCGCCUCGACGCCUUCGCUCACCACCUUGAAGCUUUUGCUUACUUUGGCUGUAGCCAGAGGCACUUUGGACGAAGGUCAAUCGGUGACUUUCCUUGGCCGUGAGCUUCAAAGAACGAACGACGCCGUACUUGUUGGCAUGAACCCUGCGUACAUUGAUCGUAUGCUUGAGACGGCAGGACUUUCAGGUUGUAAGCCAGUCCUUGCUCCGGGCACAGACACUUUGCGAAAGCAGUUGAAUGUUGAGCCUCUGGACGCGGAAGCGCACAAGCGCUACCGGCGCAUCGUAGGCCAACUUUUGUGGCUUUCGAGUGUACGCCCAGACAUCAUGUAUGCAGUAAAGGCGAUGGAUCGCUUUACACCAGCUCAGAGCCGUGACGUGGACUUUAGCACGUAUCGCACGUGGCUGAGUCUGCAGCUGGUUCUUGAAACCUUGUGGAAUGGGUUGCAGAAGGAGCAACUUUAUCUGCCACUUUCAUCGCCGGCGGAAAUGUUUCAGAAGCUUUAUCCUUUGAUCCAGUAUGCGGCCACUUUGGGACUUUAUACACCUCCUGAGUUGGAGGUGCUGCAGAGGACUUUUGUGGGGUUCUGGACACCGGAACGCCCCACUUUUCGGCAGGAUUGGGUUCCUUUUCAGCUGUGGCUUACUCUACCUACAGGACUUUGGUUGAUGGUUGCAUCUGCAGCUCAGAGGUCAGGAAACUUUGUCUUGCCAUCUGCAGCAAUGGUGGGAACUAUGGUGGAUUGCCUGAACCUCACUUUGUCUCCGAGAUCGUCACUUUUAUUUUGGUCAUUUGGACUGUCUAUCUCCUUGCAACAGGGACUUGAUCGUGUGACUUUUAUGCCAGGAGAGCAGUUGAUCACGAUUGGAGUCCGACUUUUGCUACAAGACUUUACUCGGUUAAUCACCAUCAAUGGAAAUCGUCUAUGGAAUAGGCGAUAUGUGGAUUACUUUCUCAAAGUUCAGAGCCUGAACUUUAUGUGGGAGCCUACUUGCCGAACGAUUGUCACUUUGUUGCACCGCAUUCACCCGUACGAGCUUUGUGACAAUCUCAACACCUACUUUGACAGGCCUGACUGCAGGCACUCGCGCCUUAUGCACCUCCCACUUUUAUCUCGGCUGUACCAAGAGCUCUCAAACUUUCCAGACGAGGGCGUUGCGCCGAUGCACUUGGAUAUCCCCACUUUGCGUCGUGGCUUCAGGAUGUGA